AUGAUUGAAAAGGGUAACAGGUUCAUAAUAUUCCUAACACUGUGGUCACUCUCCCACGCGGCCUACACUAGUAGGAUGGCACCUAUAAGCAGAUUCAGAGCUCCUUCAGCAUUUCGACCGGGAGUAGUUCUCCAGAGAGCUCCAUACCCACCGAGAUUAAUGCCAGUUCAUCGAGCACCAUUUGUUGUAUACAGAAACAUGCCUCACAGGUAUUCAAUAAAACCCAUGAGUCCGGUAGUGACCAGAAACGUAUUCAGUAUGCCUUGGAAGACGACAGCAAGAAUACCGGUUCCCGUAACACCAGAGUAUGACUAUGCACGCGCAGCAUCACAACCUGUUAUCAGAACUGAUGGUGCCAUACAUACAAUCCCAGCGCCAAAUUUAAGUUUAGCUGAAAAACCAAUCGUGGUUGCUGAUGUUGGAAAUAUUGAUGGUUCCGACUCACACUUUGCUCCUGAAGCUGUGAAACCAACAUAUGAGGUAACAGAAAAUAAUGGAGAAACACAAACAGUAAAACUGCAGACAAAGGUUGAUGUCCCUGCUGGGUUUACAAAAGCAAAUUCCGACCCAAGCUUUGACGUGAAUGCACACAAUGACGGUACUCCUCAAUUUAAUCCGGAAUAUGUGCAGGUUCAAACACCAGCUAUUGCUCCUCAAGAGUUUUCCGUUCAGAGAUUUAAUGGAUUGCCAACACAUCAAGAUUUAAUACAAUCCGGCGCCGAAGGACUAAUUAUUCCACCAGAUUCAUUUUAUCAAUCUGAUCCUCUAUUCUUAGAAAAGUUACAGAAUCAAUUGUUACAAAAAUAUCCGGCUGUAGAAUUCAUUCCAUACACUCCAACACAAAUUCCAUCGCAGAUACAGCAAUUUCAACCAACCCCAUUCUAUUUCAAUAAUGAUCACUUGAUAAAACAACAGCCAAUGUCCUUUAUCCUAAAUGACAAUAGAAACAUAGUCCAAAGGCAAACUCAAGAAGGAACUGUUGAAAAUCUAAAUCCACAAACAUUUACAGCAAACAAUGUAACAGACAUAAUAACUGCAUCUCCAGAAAUAUCAACAACGUCAGCUGCUGAAAUUACGACUGUUAAUAUUAUGGAAGCACAAAAUAAAACAAACACAGCGAAAGUUGAAGAAAAUAAGCCUGAAGAUAAUCGCACCAAUCCUAUUUACUAUACACAGCUAGGACCAAAUAUGAGCAACAUUACUCCAAUUGGCUUCCAUACCGCUGUAAAUAAUAACAUAAAUACGUCUUUAGAACAGCCAAAAGCGACGAUUGAAAAAAGCGAGGUUAAAACAGAAAAUACCUCUCCAUCCACAACACCGUCGGUUGACACAAUAAAUUACCUAGACACUAAGAAACCGGAAAGUAACGAAAUAUCUAAGGAUUAUAAUAAUUUCGUAGCAUCGUUUGAAAAGCCAGCUGAAUCUGUCAAUAUAGCGUACUCAAUCCUGAGAUCUUCUGAUAAAGAAUCUCAACCCCCUAAGGAAAACGGAUCGGUUUUGGCUGGACAAGAAUUUUCAAAAACAGCUGAAGUUACAGAAGCUAGUAUAAAGGAAGAUAAAGUUUAUAAUAAAGAAAGAAGUCGUUCAAGUAGACAACCUGAGCAAGUUGUAACAGAAAAAAGAUCAACAGAUACAGGCUCGAAGGUGGUAAAAGCUAAAAUACCUCCAAAGACUAAGCUGACUUUUGAUGACCGAACGGGUGAGCCCGUUUUACGGGUGUAUGCAAGUUAUCUAGAUAGUCCAGCGCGGAAAGAGGCAAUUGCGACUAAACUGACGAACCUAAAACAUUUACGUGAGGCCAUAACAAAAAGACAAGAACAUGUUGAGAAAGUCGACGCAGCUACAGUCAACGAUUUAGCAAUGGAUGUUAAUCAAUUCGGAAUGAAGAUAAAAGCGAAGAACACGGAUAGCGUUCAUAUUCUAGAUGAAUAUAAUAAGUAAGUUAGUAAUGUCCCAUUUGAGUUGCUUUUUAAUAUUUUCAUAAUUUUGAAAAAAAAAACUAAAAAUUGUAUGAGGAUGGCAGUUUUGGAAUAAUUUGGACAUUACAAUAAUUUUAAAAUGUAAAUACUAGUUAAGUUCGUAUAGGUAGAUUUUAAAUUUAGGGAUAACAUUUCAAUCGAUAUUGGUUAAUUUAAAAUAUGUUUUGUUAAUUUAAAGUUUAAGAAAUUAGAAACCUGCGAUGUAAAAAUUUGACCAUGAGUCUUUAAAAUAUU